AAAUCAAAUGCCAAAUUCCCAAACCUGAGAACAUAAAAAUAACAUGUAAUUUCAUAAACUUUAGCUCGAUAAUCCCAAAUAUAAAUGGUUCAGCUUUCAUAGUUUUUCAAAAUGUUAUCUAUUAAGCGAUUACCGACAUUAUCCGCGUCGAAAAUACAGUCUAAAGUAUCCUUUGAUUUGAAAAAUGUGAUCGUCGAAAGAGAUAUAAACAAAAAUUAUUCUUCAAAAUUAAUAGAUUUAUGCAAAUCAGUUUUCGUUUUACAUCGGAUUACGAGUAAAUCGAAGCACCCACAAUUACGCCAUUUCAAUGCUGAAUUCAGAGCUGCACAAGCUUUGUUGAAAAGGUCGAACUUGCCUGGCCUUAAUUCAUAUUUAAACUUUAGUGCUUUGGCCAGAAGAUUGCACACAAGUUCCUCUAACUAUAACAAGGAUUCGGAUAAAGACAAGGAUAAAGACAAAAAGAAGAAUGACGAUGCAAAUAUCCCAUCGAUUAUGGUCAAGGCGCUUUUCUGGCUCAUGACCACCUUCACCCUCAUCAUCAUGAGCUCCAUGCUGCUGCCGGGAGAUAAUCCACAGAGUGAGUUUGUGAGAUAUGUAUCAUGGAACGAGUUUGUAUACUCAAUGCUGUCAAAAGGUGAGGUGGAAGAGCUUAUAGUCAGACCCGAUAUAGAAGUUGUGACCAUCAUACUGCAUGAGGGAGCUGUUAUUAAGGGGAAAAAGGCAACUAGUCGCGUGUACCACAUGAAUGUUGGGGACAUUCACAGAUUUGAAGAGAAACUGCGAGAAACCGAAAGUAGCUUGGGUGUUAAGGAGGGUGUGCGAGUAAUAUAUGACAGGAACGGCAGUGUGGCCGGUAAAGUUAUCACUACACUGCUGAUCACUGCUGUGAUCCUCUCCUUCUUGUAUUCUACUAAGUCUAUGAAGAUGAACAUCAAUUUAGGCGGAUUUAGCCAACUCAGCCGUGCGAAAUUCACUCUGGUAGAUUCCAUGAGUGGCCAGGGGAAGGGGGUGAAAUUUGAAGACGUGGCCGGGCUACGGGAAGCCAAGAUUGAGGUUAUGGAGUUUGUGGACUAUCUGAAGAGGCCCGAGCACUAUAAGAGCUUGGGGGCUAAGGUACCAAAAGGUGCAUUACUCCUAGGUCCGCCUGGGUGUGGAAAGACAUUAUUGGCCAAGGCUGUCGCCACUGAGGCGAAUGUGCCUUUCCUGUCUAUGAAUGGGUCUGAGUUCAUAGAAAUGAUCGGAGGGCUUGGAGCCGCGAGGGUUAGGGACCUCUUCAAAGAGGCCAGCUCCCGUGCGCCCUGCAUCAUCUAUAUAGACGAGAUGGAUGCUGUUGGUCGGGCCCGUUCAUCCGGGGCCAGUUCCUUUGGGGGCGCUGGGGGUGAGGGGGAGCAGACCCUCAACCAGCUCCUGGUGGAGAUGGACGGGAUGAAGAGCCGCGAGGGGGUGGUGGUGUUGGCUUCGACCAAUCGAGCUGAUGUGCUGGAUAAGGCGUUGCUCAGGCCCGGUCGUUUCGAUCGUCACAUCCUGAUCGACUUGCCCACGCUCAUCGAGAGAGAGGAAAUUUUCCAAAGGCAUCUGAAGAAUAUUGUGCUAGAGGAUCUACCCUCGUAUUAUGUAAAAAGGCUAGCAUACCUAACGCCGGGCUUCAGCGGCGCGGAUAUAGCGAACGUGUGCAACGAGGCCGCCCUACAUGCCGCGAGACACAAGCAGACCAUUGUUAAGGCGGCGGAUUUGGAGUACGCGGUGGAAAGGGUUGUUGGUGGAACGGAAAAACGUAGUCACGCGAUGUCUCCCGGGGAAAAGAAGAUAGUUGCGUACCACGAGUCCGGGCACGCUCUGAUUGGCUGGCUUCUAGAACAUACGGACGCGUUGCUGAAAGUGACCAUAGUGCCGAGGACCAAUAUGGCCCUGGGAUUCGCGCAGUAUACGACUAGCGAUCAGAAGCUGUAUACUACUGAAGAGCUAUUCGACCGCAUGUGCAUGGCGCUGGGAGGCCGUGCUGCUGAAGCCAUCACCUUCAACUCGAUCACCAGCGGCGCCAAGAACGACCUGGAGAAGGUCACCAAGAUUGCGUAUGCGCAGGUGCGAGUAUACGGCAUGUCACCUACAGUGGGUCUACUAUCUUUCCCCGAUCUAAACACACGCGGCAAGAGUCCCUUCUCCAAAUCCCUGAAGAACCUCAUAGAUGUGGAAGCGAGGAGAGUCAUAGCCAGAGCAUACUAUAGGACAGAGGAGAUAUUGAGGAAGAACGAGGAUAAGCUGAAAAUGCUCGCGGAAGAACUACUAAAGAAAGAAACGCUCAACUACAAGGAAGUGGAGGCAAUAUUGGGGCCUCCUCCUUUCCCUAAGAAGAAAUUCAUUGAGCCUGUGGAAUUUGAGACGGAUUUGAAGAAUAUGGAAAAAGCGGCCUCUGGUGAGGAACGUACGGAAAUAGGCGCUCCGUCGGCCAAGCCCGAGUCGCCCGCCGGCGUGUAGAUACGAAUCAAUGUAUUAUAUUGUGUAGAUGUUUAUAAGAUUAGUUGGAAAUUAAAUUUUGCUUCGUU